AUGCCCUCGUUCCCUCAAAAUGUUGCUGAGGACUUCAGUUAUAGCAUUUCAAUUAUAUGGAUCACAUUCAUACUAGCCAUUGCAAAUUCGCAAAAACUUGGUCAAGAUCAGUCUCGCCUUCGUCGUAUUCUGCCAACCGUCUCCAAUGCCUUAUCAUGCCAGGUUGCGACUCCUGAGGUUAACCAACUUCUCUUCUCGCCGCAUCAGAGUACGGGAGAGGAAUACGACGCAUCAAUAGAGCCAUCUCUGGCGCCGUGGUUUGUUCUUGUAGACUCCCGCAUUGAACAGAACGUGUUACUAGCGAAUCCAACGAUACCGCUCUGA